CGCUGCAGAAGAGCGCGUGCCCGCGUGGACCGGGCCGAGCCGAGGCGAGCCGAGCCGCAGCGCUACGUCACCGCAGUCAAAAUGGCGCCUGCCGCUGGCCCCCGUCUCUGCGCGGCUCUAAUCCGUCUCUCGGCAGCCUGACUGGUGACGCCGGACCAGCCGCGUUCUCUGCGGGGGACCCAGCCGAGCGGGUUGCGCGCCAUGUCGGACUCGGAGGAGGACAGCCAGGACCGCCAGCUUAAGAUGGUAGUGAUCGGGGACGGCGCGUGCGGCAAGACAUCACUCGUCACCAGGUUUGCACAGGAGGCCUUCGGGAAGCAGUACAAACAAACCAUCGGCCUGGAUUUCUUUCUGAAGAGAAUAAGCCUUCCAGGCAACUUGAACGUGACGCUGCAGGUGUGGGACAUUGGAGGCCAAACGUUAGGCGGGAAAAUGCUGGAUAAAUAUAUAUACGGAGCUCAUGGGGUUCUGCUGGUUUACGACAUCACCAACCACCAGAGCUUUGAGAACCUGGAGGACUGGUUCAGCAUGGUGAAGAAGGCCAACGAGGAAUCUGAGAUCCAGCCGGUUGUUUCGCUGAUCGGGAAUAAAAUCGACAUGGAGCACAUGAGGACGGUGAAGGCUGACAAACACCAGCGGUUCUGCCAAGAGAACGGCCUCGUCAGUCAGUUCGUGUCGGCCAAGACGGGCGACUCGGUCUACCUUUGUUUCCAGAGGGUGGCUGCUGAGAUCCUGGGUGUGAAGCUGAAUAAAGCUGAAAUCGAGCAGUCGCAGAUGAUUGUGAAGGCUGAGCUGGUGAACUACCCGCAGGACGAAGGCCCAAUUAGACAAGACCUCAACCAGCAAAGCAAAAUAUGUUCUGUCCAAUAGUUCACACGCGUGGUGAAGGCCGACAUCGUGAACUACAGUCAGGACGCCGCCGCCCGGACGCCCAACCCCCCCCGCAGCUCCAUGUGCGUGGUGCAGUGACCCCCUGCAGCGAGUCAGCGGCCUCCGUCGGUGUUGGUGUGUCAGGGCGGUGUUGGGGGGGAAAGAUUUCUUAACAAGCAAACGUCCGUAUUUUACUCUUCUUCAAGUUCACGCGCAGCUAUUGUUUUCUUUCUGUGAUUCACCUUAAAUACAAACUACGAAAGACAACAACUAUAAUCACUCAAACAUAUAUUUUAUACAUACGUUUAUUUUGCUCUGCCGUUACUAUUGGAGGUAUUUGUUUUAACCAUCAGAUAUAAUGAAGUAUAUUUUUAAACAUAACACAACUACACUUCUCAAAUUCACACACACACACUGAUCUUAAGUGACCGAAACGUCUCUUUGUUCAAUUAGCAGAUUAGCGGCGCUGUGACUUUGACUGUGUUCUGUUAUUUUACAUUAAUAUGAUUACAUUUUACGAUAUUAAAUCCAUAUUGUCAUUUUAUAUUUAGAUCAUGUGAGUGAGUAAACAGUGAAUCGUUGUCUAGAUGUUUUUUGUAGUCUUCGUGGGACCUUGAUGAUGGAGCGCCACAUCUUCACAUCGUAGGAGUUAGAGGACGUGGAGAUGCUGUGUGCUCCAAGUGUUGGAGGAAGUAGAAGUUUUAUCAGAGGUCUCUACAUGAAGCCUCAUUCAGCGCAGAGGUUUGAUGCUUCACCGGUUAGUUUAACCAGGUCUAGUUUCUACACCUUGAUUCAAUGUGUUAUCAACCUACCGAAUAUCUGGUAAGAUGUAUUUGUACAAUAAAAGCUCCAUUUCUAAGCUGCUUUCAUGUAUUAGAAAUGAUGCUGUAAAUUCUGAUCAUGGAAAGAAGAAAAAGAAGAAUGUACACGUUAGAGAGAAGGUCAAACCUUUUGAUCGUUUGAGUUUUUGCUCUUGAAUACAUUGAAAUAUGCAACAAUGUAUUGAAUCUGAAAACAUCUGCAACCGGAAAAUAUAAUACAGCAAAUAUCAAAAAAUACAUGUAGGUGAAGAUUGAAAAAAAAACUUUUUAUUCAAAGAAAUUAGAACUGUGUCAAAACAAUAUUCAACCCGAAAUACUUUUCGUAUUUUUAUUUUGAAUACGUUGUUGUAUUAUUCAAUGUUCAAGAACAAAAACUUCACAACUCAGGUUCAAAUUUGUUUUACGAAGGAUCAAAACGUUUGACCUGGAUUUGGCUCCAAGGAGUUUUGUGUUUCUAAAUAUAAAUGUUACCUGGAAAACAAGAAAUGAAACGUGCAAAAAUA